AUGGUAGAAGAAGCCACGAAAUGCGAUCCGACUCUUAGCAAACUAUAUCGAUUCGUGAGCGAUGGUUGGCCUAAGAAGCGAACGGAUGUCAACGAUUGGGAGAUGCAACGCUAUUUUGACCGCCAAGAAGCUCUCUCAAUUGUGCAAGGCUGUGUUAUGUUUGGAGACCGUUUAAUUAUCCCAGCACAGUAUAGAAAGCUAUGCAUUAUCCAAUUGCAUAAAGGUCAUCCAGGUGCACAACGGAUGAAAGCCAUUGCACGCAGCUUCGUCUUUUGGCCAGGCUUAGACGAACAAAUAGUCGACUUUGUAAAGGCUUGUCACCAAUGUGCAUUAGCAGCGCGUUCGCCACCAAAGGCAGAGCCACAAUCAUGGCCCAAAUCGACAGCUCCAUGGCAAAGGAUUCACAUCGACUAUGCCGGUCCUUUGGAAGGAGAAUACUACUUAAUCGUUGUUGAUUUAAACACUAAAUGGCCGGAAAUUUUCCCAACGAAACUGAUAACAACGAAGGUAACACUCAGCUUGCUUCAAGAUUUAUUCGCCAACAAAGGAAUACCAGAGAUUCUUGUGUCGGACAACGGCACGCAGUUCAAAAGUUGGGAAUUUGAGGAAUUUUGUUGCCAGAACGGCAUCAGGCACAUAACGACAGCACCUUUCCACCCACAAUCGAAUGGCCAGGCCGAACGGUUCGUGGAUACAUUCAAACGAGCCAUCCGAAAAAUCCAGGAAGGGAAAGGUACGAUCAAGCAGGCAUUAAAUACGUUUCUUCUCACUUACCGAACAUCUCCGAAUCCAAAUGUGCCAGAUGGCAAGUCACCAGCAGAAGCUAUGUACGGCAGACCGAUAAGAACUUCACUCGAAUUGCUGCGACCGCCCCGUAGAUCAGUACCACAACCAGUGUCAGAAUCGCCUGCCUUGCGAACCUUUAAUAAGGAAGAUAAGGUUUUCGCUAAAGUGUAUGCGAGUAAUAAGUGGACUUGGGUGCCCGAGUCAUAA